AUGUCAUCAUAUAUAGACGUCAUUGUGGAAGAGCAAAACUAUGUUCAAGAUUUACUUGACUCGAUCCCGUUCAGCUCAGAUCGCACGACCCAUUUCCUCAAGAUCCACAAAAUCUCACAUCAACAGCUCAAUAAACUCAACGACCAGCCUUACAAAUUCCCCAUUGAAGCAAACAAGCUCUUGAAGCUCGGGAUAUCGCUCGGCAGCUUGCUCAGGACACUGCAAGUCGACGAAGAAAACUACCGGCAGCAGCAUCAACAACAACGCCAGUUUAUAAAUCGAUUAAACAACGCCAAAGCGCAAACUCCUCGAAUCGCGAGUGCACCCACUCCCACCACCACCACCACUCGAACUGGAGCUGGCGCAGGCGCUGGCGCACUAGAUGACCCCUUCAGUGCAAACGGCGGCCAGCUGCAACCUCCAAGACACGUGAUACACAGCCAGCCGCAGUUGGGCACGCAGAGCCAUCUACCGCACCAAGUCCGAUUCCUCAGGAAUCUAUUGACGAUCCUCAAGAAUUUCGAUAUCGCGGCUCCACCAGCGCAACAGCAGCAGCAGCAAGCUGGAAAUCGCGAGAGCUCAGCUUCAUACGGAUCGAACCCCUACGCGGCGCAACGCAUGGUCUCGAAUGGAAGCGGAAGCAGCGCCGUCGUCGUCAACACUUCUCCGAUCAAGCUCAGCUCCAAGCAACUACUCAUUGAAAAACUCGAAAUCAAUAUCCAUUUGGACAAUUUGUUCAUUUACAAGAUCAUACUCAAGCUUAUUCUUGAAAUUUACGGUAAGAUACGCCAGAGUCUACUAGGUGUCAAUGAGGAUGAGCCCGUGACGCCCACUGGUGCAGGUUCAGCUGGUGCUGCGGGGCAGAAUGAUGAGAUGUCGUCUAUCUUUUCGACUGCGUCGGCAACGUCGCAUGACUCGAGCUUGAGCAAUGAAGAGUACUUGAAAAUCGUGAGUAAUGUGCUCAGCAGGAUUUCCGCGGGGGUUCUUCAGCCAUUUGUCAGUUUGAUCUAUGCUGAGUUUGUCGAGACCAAGAUUACCGAUGACUUUGUGCAGUUGAUUGACAACUUGUAA